GACGGUCGUUGGAACCGCUAUAAUUCAUCGGCCCAUUCUCCAAUUCACAGGAAAAGAAAUUCUACGGUUUUCUCUCUCUACUCAACUCAAUCAAUACUGAUUUUCUCUCUCUAGCGGAAAAAGAAAUUCUCCGAAUUCUGAAAACUUUUCGUCCGUAUCCAAAAAUAUUCUUCCACACUACCAUUCUCAUCUGACACAAAAGAAGCAAACGCAAUUAUUGCGCAAUAUCGGCGAUUUCUAGGAUUUGAAAUUUUGCUCCUUUUUUGAUUGACGCGGCGAUGUCGUUGAGGCCGAACGCGAGGACGGAGGUCCGCCGGAGCCGGUACAAGGUGGCGGUGGACGCGGAGGAGGGACGGCGGAGGCGGGAGGACAACAUGGUGGAGAUCCGGAAGAAUAGAAGAGAGGAGAAUUUGCUGAAGAAGCGGCGGGAGGGGCUUCAAGCUCAGCAGUUACCGUCUGCAGUCAACGUUCCGCAGCUUGAUAAGAAGUUAGAAAGUCUUCCCACGAUGAUUGCUGGUGUUUGGUCCAACGAUGGUCCACAGCAACUGGAGUCCACAACUCAGUUCCGUAAACUUCUUUCAAUAGAGCGAAAUCCGCCGAUUGAGGAAGUAAUACAGUCUGGAGUUGUUCCUAGGUUUGUGGAGUUUCUUGCAAGAGAUGAUUAUCCUCAACUUCAGUUUGAGGCAGCAUGGGCCCUCACGAACAUUGCCUCUGGAACAUCUGAUAACACCAAGGUUGUGAUUGAUCAUGGUGCUGUCCCAAUAUUCGUGAGACUUCUUACUUCUCCUAGUGACGAUGUUCGUGAGCAGGCAGUCUGGGCUUUAGGAAACGUCGCAGGUGACUCACCUAAAUGCCGUGAUCUGGUUCUUGGUUAUGGGGCUUUAAUGCCAUUAUUGUCACAAUUUAGUGACCAAUCUAAGCUAUCCAUGUUGAGAAAUGCAACAUGGACUCUAUCGAACUUUUGUCGGGGAAAGCCACAACCUCAGUUUGAACAGGUGAAGCCAGCCCUCCUUGCUCUUACUCUUCUUAUUCAUAUAAAUGAUGAAGAGGUCCUAACAGAUGCAUGCUGGGCACUUUCAUAUCUAUCUGAUGGUGUUAAUGAGAAAAUUCAAGCUGUGAUUGAGGCUGAUGUUUGUCCUCGUCUCGUGGAGCUUUUACUACACCCAUCACCAUCUGUUUUGAUACCUGCCCUGCGAACUGUUGGCAAUAUUGUGACUGGUGAUGAUGUCCAGACUCAGGUCAUCAUUGAAAAGGGGGCUCUUCCUUGCCUGCUUAACUUGUUGACACAAAAUUAUAAGAAAAGUAUCAAGAAAGAAGCUUGUUGGACCAUCUCAAACAUCACAGCAGGAAAUAGGGACCAGAUCCAGGCUGUGAUUGCGGCUGGUAUAAUUUCGCCUCUCCUUGCUCUACUUCAAAAUGCUGAAUUUGAGAUAAAGAAAGAGGCUGCAUGGGCUAUUUCAAAUGCUACUUCUGGUGGAACUCCCGACCAGAUCAAGUUUUUGGUUGGUGAGGGAUGUAUAAAGCCUCUAUGCGAUCUUCUAGUUUGUCCUGAUCCAAGAAUUGUCACGGUCUGCUUGGAAGGCCUUGAGAACAUUCUUAAGGUUGGCGAAACUGAGAAGAACCAAGGUAACACCGGAGAUGUGAAUGUCUAUGCUCAGAUGAUUGAUGAUGCAGAAGGUCUAGAGAAGAUUGAAAAUCUUCAAAGUCACGACAACAAUGAAAUCUAUGAGAAGUCUGUGAAGAUUCUUGAAACAUAUUGGUUGGAAGACGAUGAUGAACAGGUCAUGUCUGGAGAUGCUACGCAGCAAUCUGGGUUCAACUUUGCAAUUGGCGACCUACCUGUUCCAACGGGGGGCUUUAAAUUCGGCUGAAGGAAGUUCAUGAGGAUCUUGAAUGAAUGUCCUGUGGAUCUGGCUGGUUGAGUUUUGUCUGGAGUCUGGUCGGCUGUCGGUCUUUAUGUUUUUUAACGUAUGGUAAUGCCACUUGUGGUGGAUGACAGACGACGUCAAUGGUGUCUUUUGCCCUCUUAAGAAGGUGGUUGGAUACUAGAAAGGGGUUGUCUGGUGGCCGUCAAGACAGUAUGUCACGUUUUUUUGUCUGCAGAGAACCAUUUGCAAAAUCCAAGUCCUCUUUUUUCCUUAUAUUACCCUUUUUUUUGUUCUGCAAUGGUAGCAGGAAUCUUAUGUAUAUUAUAUGGAAAACAUUUUCCAUGCCCGCCAGAGUAAAUAAAGUUGAAAUCGAGUCGUUUUUA